AAAAAAAAAAAUUCGCCCAAAACACCUUACCUUACCACCAUUCUUCAUUCUACCUUCAUGAGCGCUGCCGAAAGGAGAGACAGUGGUAUUCUUGCGGACUCGUCUGAAAGCUAUUCUUCAGCUCCCUCCGCGGGAAGCCUUUGCCCAAGUAAAGCACUUAAGUUAAUUCGAGCUUCAUUACCAGCCUCAUUACCAUCUUCAUUACUAGCCUCAUUACCAUCUUCAUUACCAGCUUCGCGACAGGCUACACAGAGCCGGUCACGGAAACGAAAGGCUCAAGCUGAUACAGUAGUUUCAUACUCAGGAACAAGCUCUUCUCAGGUAGUCACUCCCCAUUUACAAAGCGAGGAACAAAUCCAGAGACUAAAUGUCUUGAGAGUCAAGGAGUUUGAAGCCCAAGUAAACACUGAAGAACAGCGUCGCCAUCAGCUUGCAGAUAGCACUAAGAAGACUUACAUCCGAUACCAGCAGCAUUGGGAGGCCUGGUGUACUCGAAAAGGAUAUGGAAGCGAUUUCAGCGUCAGGGCAAACAAGUUCCUAAUUUGAAGGGCUCUGUAACUUCUUUCGAGCUUAUGAAAUACUUGGAGGUAGAGCCAGUGUCAUUCGAAACAGCAGACGCAUAUAUCAAGGCUGUUAUAGAUCUUUACAACAGCCAGAGGAAUCGUCCAGAUAUGAUGCAUGAGCAACAUCCUAGAACUCAUUCAAUU